CCCUUAUCCCUCCCACUUCCCCAUAAGCCCCUCCCUCACCUUCAUGUCCCUCCCCCUUACCCCGCCAUGCCUGUUCCGGCGGUGCGGGCCGUCUCGUUGGGUUUGCGGCCUUACGAAGAAGCUUUGCGGGUCCAGCAGCGCUGCGUGGCGGCUGCGAGGUCGGCUCGGUGUCCUCCUCCUCCUCCUCGUCCACCAUCCGAGUACCUGGUGCUGAGCGAACCCGCACGGCCCGUCUAUGCGUGGGGGCUGCGGGGAGCCCCGACGGAGGAUGAGGCGGAGAAGCUGCGGGCUGCGGGUGCGGGGUUGGCUGCGGUGCGGAGGGGAGGCAGCGUGACGUUCCACGGGCCGGGGCAGCUGUUGGCUUUCCCCGUGUUGGACCUGAAAGCGAGGGGGAUGCAAUUAAGGGGAUACGUGGAGAGGCUGCAGGACGUGGCGGUGCGGCUGUGCCAAAGGGUCGGGGCUGUGAGCGCAGCAGGGAGACCACCGCCAUACACCGGAGUGUGGGUGGGGGACGGCAAAGUGUGCGCUGUCGGGGUGCACUGUGGGAACCACAUCACGUCCCAUGGGCUGGCACUGAACUGCUGCACUGACCUCUCCUGGUUCGAGCACAUCGUGCCCUGUGGGCUGGAAGGGACGACGGCCACUUCACUAAGUCGCGAAUUAGGCCGCCAUGUCACCAUUGAGGACAUCCUUGAGCCUUUCCUUGAGUCCUUCCAGGAGGUCUUUGACUGCACUGUGGUGUUUUCUGAGGAGCCUAAGGACUGAGAAGGUGCAGGAUGAUGGAAAGAGUCACAUCACGCCGGUGCUGGAGCACACAGAUGGUGUGGGAUGGUCCCCAGUGCCACGUCCUCACCACGCCACGUCUCAAUGCUGGGAUGCUGUGGAAGAAACAAGCCUUAUUUAGGAGCAGGGGUUGGACCUGCAGAGCUCAGGUCGUGUCCUCAGUGAGCACUUUAGUGGUUUGAAUUCCUCUCUCCUCACAAAGUGUGACAUUGGAGCGAAUGCUUUGGGGCAAGAAGGGAGAGGUGUUGCUUGGUGAAGUGUUUGUAUCUCCUUGCUGCUGUGCAAAAAGUCAGCGUUGGUUUUAUAUAAAGAGAGUUGGUGGGAACGUUG